ACAUGCACGGGUAAACAGUCCCUGCAGAGUCGGGCAAAAUACGUCGGACCCCCGAUCCACGAUCCCAACCCACCAACCUGCCUUGGGUAUAGCCGACGACACAGCCAUAUCGUGUAACUGUUUAAUUCACCCAACACAGAUCUCGAGGCACAUGAGUCCGCCUCCACCUCCGCGUCCAUAGCAGCAGCAACACCACCCACCCAGCUUCACAAACAAGCACACCCGCCGCGGCAACACGCUGCGCCGAAGCCCACCUUUGGAUGCUGAGCGCCUCACGAUACCCGUCCCGCCAUGGAUCCGACAUCGCCGAACUGUCGACACUCGACGCCACCAGCCGCCACCGCCGCCGCCGCCACAACCUCCCCGCUGCAGGCCGCGUCGGCUGACCGCGUCAACCAACAACGUGAACCGUCGUCCUUCAUGUCCUCGUUUCAGCGGAGCGGCACCGUCGUCCCCGCCACCGGCCACUCGCGUGACAGCUCCGUCCACGACAAGAUCAGCCAGUUCAACACCCUCGCCGUCCAGUCCAAGCAGCUUGAGCGCAAGACUACUGAUGCUGCUCUCAAGCGUGCUAUGCUCGGCCGCGAGGAGGCCGAGGUCGAGAUGCGCCGGUACCGCGACGAGGCCCGGGCCUUGCGCCGGCAGGUUGAAGAAGGCAAGGAGAGAGAACGCAAGGUUGGCGAGAGGCUGGAGACUGUGAUGGAGAACUACGGUCGCGCAAAAGAAACGCACGCACACACGCAGGCUCUUUGGGAGAAGGAGAUACGGCGCGCGCGGAAGGACACUUUCAAGUCACAGAGCGUCAUUGUCAAACUGCAGGAGGAGCUCAAGGCGGCGCGGGCGGCCGCUCAAGCAGCCGAGACCGCACUAGCGGAAGAGAAGGAGCGCGCCCAGGCUAGGGAACAGGAAGCGUUCGCUGCUCGCUACGAGGUCGUCGGCGUCCAAGAGCAGUUGGAGCAGAUGCAGGAGCGCCUGAAGGCAGUGGAGCAGGAACGCGACGCUUUCAAGACGCUGGCAAAGUCCGAGGAGGACCUCGCCAGGAUCGCAGCCGAGGGUCGCCUGCCACUGCCCAAGCUGGAAGCUGAAGAGGAGGAGGACAGAGAGGACGACAACGGCGAGCUUGCCUUGCCAGUGAAGGAGAGUCCCAAGUCGCGCCAGGUAUCGCUGUCGACUACCGACGUCAAGUUCUCGGAGUCGAGCGAGGCCGAGAUCGAGGAGCUGUCUCUCAGGCUGCAAUGGGAGAAGCAGCGGGCCGACCGCGCCGAGGACCACGUCGAGUACCUGCAGGCCGAGUGCCUCAUGCGCGCCUGCCCCUGCAUGAAGUCUCGUCCUCGCACCAGCAUCUUCAGCCAGUCUCACCGGAGGCAGCCAUCGAUGGAGAUCGUUGAUCCCAGCGACCACGCCAUCAUCGGAGGCAAGAGGUCUAUAUCGCCACAGAGGUCGACCUUCUCUCCGAAGAGAAGCCGGAUCGACAACCCGAAAUGCAGGUCGUCGAGGCGUAGUACCAUCUUCGUUCCCGAGGAGGGCGUUUUCCGCACCGUGUCUCAGGAGGAGGCAGAGGCUAUGGCUGCCCCGUCCAUCCCUAUUGUCGAAGAAGAAGAAUCCGCCGACACCACCGUGGAGCCCGCAACCCCGAUUACGCCCCUGACCCCCGUCGAGAUGAAGAACAGUUCGGAAGCAUUUGCGCGGACCCCGUCCCUCGACCCGCCCGCCUUCGCCGCCCUCUCUGACUCGAGGACCUCGCUUCUUUCCCUUCUAGACGCUCCGCACCAGAAGGAUGAGCCCAGCACCAGGUUUGAAAUCCCGACCAUGUCUGGGAUGGUUAUCCAGCAAGAAUUUGUUCAGGAGACGACGAUAGUGGAGGAAGUCCGCGUUCCCGCGCCCUCUCGGUCUAGGCGCCACGAGACCCCCGAUGCCGCGUUGCCUGUGCCGCAGCUUGAGCGGGCGGCGCGCGAGAAGACCCCGACCAAUGGGGACUUUGAGGCAACCAUAGUCGCGGAUCGCGGGCGAACACGGAGUCCCGAGGCGGGAGCCCUCCCCGCGACUUCCAUCCCCGACCAACAGUGCGAACCGCAGGCGCGCGCGCGCGAACCACGCCAGCCCGCCGAGGCAUCGACGAUGGAGGAGGAGUACCGCAGAUCCCCUGAGCCGGCACCGCGCCCUCACACCUCGGCGGCGCGAUACGGUGCGUUGCAGACGACAACCAUGACAACCAAGGUGCCGCUGCGGGAGGAGAACACGGACCCGAGCCUGGCGAAACGACUGAUGGCGCUCCAGCGCACACCGUCACACGACAGCUCAGUGCGUAGCAGCACCAGCAGCCGUGGGUGGUCAGCCACCGACGACGACGGGCCCUCGUUCGACGUCACCAACCCGGCGCUCACGCCCACCAUGACGCGCGAGCAGGCCCUGGCGCAGAUCAGGGAGCGCCGCGGUAGGGCGCGCAGCGCCAUGGGCACCAACCGGCCUGUCACGCCCGGCGCAGGCGCCCGCCCCGUCACGCCUGGUGGUGGUGCCCGCCCUGUCACUCCCGGUGGAGGUCUCGGCGCUGGGGGGAUGAAGAGGCCGAUCAAGCAGCCAGCUCUGGGCGAGCGGAGGGAUGUCAGCGCGCCGGUGGGGCGCACGGUCGCGCCCCUGAGCGCCGCCCGUAGGAGGGUCCGGUCGUGAUGAUAUUCCUGCCCUUUUAUUUUUUUUCUUCUUUGUUGUUAUUUUAUUCUUUGCCCUUAACGAUCAUCACGACGACCACGAACUUGGCGGCGACCUUUUUGUAGGCGGCACACGCUCGGGACAGGGCCUGGGGGAUCGGUUGGAUAGGAUCAGGUUUCCGGUUCCCAGUGGAAUCUUACUUUUUGUCUUGUAUCUUUUCAUACUUGUCCUUGUCUCCCAGGUUGCCCAUAUCUUGAUGGUCAUGAGACAGGUGGGAGUUGUUCAGGCCACUCGGGCGAGGGGAAGGAACCGCUAUCGAUGGGUUGUAAUUGCACAACAAACAGCUCGCACCCUUUUUUUUUUGUGUUGUUUUGUUUGUCUUGGCUGUCUCCAUACCCUGGGCGUUUUGUUCUUUCUGGGAGCAAGAAAACGGUUUUGGGUGAGCUUUUUGUACAGUGUUUUCUCGCCCCUCUUGGUGCCUUCGGGACCGGCCCUUUUUGUUGGUUUAAGUCACAAAAAGAAGGUACAUUGCUGGACAUACAUACAUACAUACAUAAAGUAAUCUUUGCUAUUCUCGCCAC